AUGGUGAUCGCUGGAGCGCCGUACGCCUCGCCAACGCGCGUUGCCUCCGCGUCUGUGUCUGCAUCGGGUGCUUCCGCAACAGAUUCGGCUCCUGCAGUGGCGCCUGUGGAGUCCGCCGAAGCCUCACCUCCGCCUGGUCCGACUGCAACUGCGUCGUUGGCGUCCCUUCCUGUCGAGCCUGUCAUUCCGCCUGCUGUGUCGCCCGCUGGGCACGCUCCACCUGCCCCUCUUCUCCCGCCUGUCGUUCCUCCCGCGGUGCAUGCUCCCACUGACGACCUUGGUCAGGUAGCACUCCCUGCAGCCCCCGCUCUUCCAACUGCACCGGCACCAGUGCCGCCCCUAACCGUCUUGACGGGUCCUGAUCCUGUUCCACUUGCUGCGGUUCCCUCUGCUCAGCGUCCGCCGUCUUUAGAGCACCAGCAGCAGCGGCCUCAUUCCCCUGCGCCACGUGACGAGCGGGCAACUUCGAGGCGGCGACACGAUUCUCCUCGGCGCCGCGGCUCUCAGGCGAACUGGGGGGCGUCCCGCGGCGGGCGUGGUGGCUGGUGGGGAGGGCGCGGUCGUGGUGGCAGCUGGGUGUAUGAUCAGCCGAUGACAAUGGCCGACUUGCAGCGUGCUGUGACUGCUGCCGUUCCUCCUGUCGCGGAUGUGGAUGUGUCCACGGCAGGAGGUGCGGUGGCGGCGCAGUACCCGUCUCUACCGCCCGUGGCUCCUGCUCCUCCGGCUGCCGCGCUUCCUCCACAGUCGCUGGUUGGGCCGUCUCCUUCUGCCGUGGUGCCAGAGGCGUCCCUGGGGCAGCUUUGGCGCCUCUCGGAGGGUCUGCGCGCUGUUCACCUGAUUCAGGUGUAUGGUCACGCGGCUCUCUCUCAGGGUGUACCUCUCGACGGUAGCCAUCGUGACGAGUGCUUAGAUGCUGCUGAUCGGCUGGGCGAGCUUCUGGCACCCGUGUUGGCUGCGCCCGCGCGGGGUGGAGUUGCGGGCGUUGGACAGCUCGGGAUGGCAGUCCGUGGUCUGCGCCGGUUCUUGCGCGCAGGGACUGCAGUCGACUUGAUAGGCGCAACCACCGUGGUGGUGCGCGAGCUUCAUCGCUCUUUGACGGGUCUACUUGCCGUCCUUGACGCAGAUCAGAUGUAG